AAAAAAUCAUCAAUAGUUGUUAAGCCCGAAAAGGAGAUAUUUGCGAAACUACUAGCACUAGGGCAAAUUUCUCAACAAAGAAGCUAAGCAUAAGCAAGCAGCUAGAAGUGCAGCACGAGCCAACACUUUCUUCGGUGAAUCGUUUGAGGAGCGAUGAGUAAAAAAAAAAACCCUAUGGUAUUCUUCGAUGUUUCAAUUGGUGGAGAUCUGGUGGAAAGAAUUAUUAUCGAGCUUUUUGCAGAUGUUGUUCCUAAGACAGCUGAGAAUUUCCGGGCACUCUGUACAGGUGAAAAGGGCAUUGGAAAAUCUACCGGGAAACCCUUGCACUAUAAAGGAACUUUUUUGCAUCGAAUAAUCAAAGGAUUCAUGGCCCAAGGUGGUGACUUUUCAAAGGGAAAUGGCACUGGCGGAGAAAGUAUUUAUGGAGGGAAGUUUGCAGAUGAGAAUUUUAAACUGACUCAUGACAGACCUGGUGUUCUCUCUAUGGCAAACAGUGGUCCAAACACAAACGGAUCUCAAUUCUUUAUAACCUUCAAGCGCCAACCUCAUCUUGAUGGCAAACAUGUUGUUUUCGGAAAGGUAAUCAAGGGAGUAGAAGUUUUGAAGAAAAUUGAGCUUGUUGGAACAAGUGAUGGAAAGCCUGUGCAACCUGUAAAAAUAUCCGACUGUGGUGAAACCUCCGAAAGUAAAAUUCAGGAUGCUCUUGGAAAAGCAAAAGUUUCAGGGAAAGGGAAGGGAAAAAUUCCUUCAUCGGACAGUUCGGAUGAUGAACAUGCUAGAGGAAGUAAAAAGUCUUUGAAGGAUAAAAGGAAAAAAAGAAAGAGGAGAUAUUCUUCAUCUGAUUCAUACAGCUCUGAUUCCGGUUCUGAUUCCUAUUCUUCUGAUUCAGAUUCUGAUGUCUCUUCAUCUGAGUCAAGUUCCUCAAGUGAUGGAAGAAGACAUAGGAGAAAGAAGUCAGCCAAAAGAGGCAAGCAUCAACGUGGGAAAAAGAGGAAGGAUGGGCGAAGGGAGAGGAAAAAAGGUCGGCAAGGAAAAAGAUCAAAGCGCAAAUCCAAAUGGAGUUCAGAUAGUUCAACUGACAGUGAAAGCGAGGGCACAACCACUAGCAGUGGCAGUGAUGAUGGAAAGGCCAGUUUACGUCGUAAAAAACCCAUCUCCAGAUCCCAACCAGCUGAAGAUGAAUCUCCACAGAAUAUUGGACUACAAAGGAAUAAGUUGAAGGUAACUGAGGACAACUCACAUGAAGAAGGUGAAUUGUCACCUAAAAGUGAUGAGCUUGCCAACAAUGGUCAUGGCAACAAGGCUGCUGCUACUAACCUACAUACCGAUGCAGAUGGCUCGGAUAGAUUGAGAAGUGUGAGCCCAACCCCUAAAAGGGGGCCAAACAACAGCCGCAGAAGCAGCCGAAGCAUGAGUCCUCCAAAAGAUGAUGUUAGAAGCUCUUCCAGGAAAUCUGGUGCAAGGACUUCACGUAGCCCAUUGAAUAGUCCUUCAAGGAAAGCCCCUGCAUCCAACCAAGUGCGUAUUGCCUCAAGAAGUCCAUCUCCGGGUGGCACAUCAAAGCGCGUAAGAAAAGGCCGUGGCUUCACUGACCGUUUUUCCUUUGCACGUCGAUACCGUACACCUUCUCCUGAACGUUCCCCACCUAGAUCCUAUGCUUAUGGUGGAAGAAAUGUUCCCGAAAGAAACCAUGAUAGAUACUCUAGCUACAGAAAUCAUUCUGAUCGAUCAACACGAAGACGUUAUAGAAGCCCGCCAAGAGGCCGUAGUCCCCCCAGAUGUGAAGGCAGAAAAAGUAGGAGUCCUUCGCGCAGCCCAGUUCAUUACCGGGGAAGAUACAGAGAUCGUAGUGAGAGCCAGAGUCCUAUUCGAAGUCCUAGUCCUAGAGACAAACGACCUGCCAUAAGCGAGGGGUUAAAAUCUCGUCUUGGUCCUCGAAUCGAUGAUCAACAACGCUCCCCACGAGAACAAAUCAGGGUCCAGACCUCUAGGUCGAAGAGUAAUGCGUCUUCACAUUCCAGAUCUCCCGAUAUCUCGCCAUCAAGAAAUCGCAACAGAAAAUCGCAGUCUCCAAACACGUCAAAAUCAAGCUCACCCUCUGGACAAAGAGGAUUGGUGUCUUAUGCAGAUUGAAUCCAUGCCUUCCAUGACAUCAUUUACAUUUAAUCGAAGCAUAGCUAUUUGUCUUGGUUGUGUUUCAGAGGGCAUGCCUUUUUUAUACACGCAGUUAUUGAUCAUCAUAUGCUAUUUAGAUUGUCGAUUUAGAGUUGGCAAAUAGUUCUAGUUUUUGUUUGCAUGGUGACUUAAUACUUCUAGAGCUUAUUUGAAAUAGCAAGAGGCAUGCUCGGUGUUACCUAAAUUAAGUAAACUCUGUUUCUUUCUUAUGGAAUGUUCUAUGUGCUUUGUUUCAAA